AUGGUUUUAGAACACAUGGAGGAUGACGAUGAGGAGACAAAAUCUCUUCCCCCAUGGGUGGCUCUCGAAUAUCGCCAUAUCCUGACACUUGCGGGCGCGGGCUCCACCGUAUACUUUACGAAUCUGUCCACAAACUCUAGCUGUUUUCUCCGAGAGUCUUUGGGGGCCGUUCCGGGUAGUAUUGCACCAGGGGGGACUGCGAAUGAAGUGACUUCCCUUGAAGCCACCACAACUAGCAUCUUAGAUCUCAUGAGACAGAGGGACAUUCCCAUCGAGCGUGUGUGUCUCUUGGAUCCCAAAGCGACACAAGAGCUUUCUCCUGAAGACGGAGGUGCCUUCGAUUAUUUCUUAUUUGGGGGAAUAUUAGGUGAUGACCCCCCUCGAGAUCGAACUUCUGAGCUACGAGUACUUGGUUUUCCCUCCCGUCACCUCGGUAGCCUGCAAAUGACCACCGAUACUGCUCUCGGCGUCACAAAAAUGAUUGUGGUUGAUAAAAGACUCAUGCGAGAAAUUGAAUUUUUAGACCAUCCAACUAUCUACUUCAAUGCAAAAGAAAGCGUCGAAAUGCCCUUCCGGUAUAUUAAGAUCAAUGGGGAGCCACUAAUGCCUCCUGGCAUGCGCGAGCAUUUGCAUAAGGAUCUCGACCAGGCAUUUGACUUUUGA